AUGUCCGGCGCCCAGACUCCCGUCAACGACGCCGCUUCCACCAUCUCCGUCACCCCCGCCGCUCCCCAGCAGGCCAGCUCUGGCAAUGACCGUGCUUCCAAGAGCUCGUUCGGCUACGAGUCUGCCAUGUCCCUUCUCGUCGACAGCCUGAAGGACCGCCUGCUCUUCGCUAUCCCGAAGAAGGGACGACUCUAUGAGAAGACGAUCGAGCUCCUCAAGGGCGCUGACAUCAAGUACAACCGCGCUCACCGCCUCGAUGUCGCCCUCGUCCAGAACCACCCCAUUGCCCUUGUCUUCCUCCCCGCAGCCGACAUUCCGCGAUUCGUUGCCCUUGGAUCCGUGUCGCUCGGUAUCACUGGACAGGACGUCAUCGCCGAGUCCACCCACGCCAACAUGAUCCAGGAGAUCCUGCCGCUCGGCUUCGGCAAGUGCAAGCUCCAGGUUCAGGUCCCGGUUACCGGACCGAUUCAGUCGAUUGAGCAGCUCCGUGGAGGACGGGUCGCCACUUCGUUCGAGGUUCUCGCUCGCGAGCUCUUCAACGAGGUUGACGCCAAGGCCGGAGGUGACAAGAAGACGAGCAUCGAGUACGUCGGAGGAAGUGUGGAGGCUGCCUGUGCUCUCGGCAUGGCCGACGGUAUUGUCGACCUUGUCGAGUCUGGCGACACGAUGCGUGCUGCUGGUCUCCACGCCAUUCACACCCUCAUGAGCUCGGAGGCUGUUCUCAUUGGCCAGAAGCAGAAGCACGCCUCGCUCACUCCCGAGCUGGAGCCCCUCGUCGGCCUCAUCAAGAGCCGUAUCGCUGGUGUCCUCGCCGCGAAGAAGUACGUCUACAUGUCGUACAACGUCUCGCGCCAGAACCUCCCCGCCGCCGUCAAGCUCACGCCCGGCCGACGUGCGCCGACCGUCACCCCGCUCGACGAGGACGGAUGGGUCGCUGUUUCGUCUAUGGUUGAGCGCAGCCAGAUGGCGCAGGUCAUGGACGCUUUAGAAAAGACUGGCGCGGCUGACAUCCUCGUCUUUGCGCUGGACAACUGCCGUGUUGGUGUGUAG